AUGUCCGCAAUAAAAGUGUUCCGAAGUAAAAUAGCACUUCAGAAUAUUAACACGCCCUCCUUUUUUACAGAUGAAUGGGCUAGAAAUGAAGACAUUCGGGUGCAAGAAUAUGUAUCGAUUGUAAAAGCUGCCUAUGAAGGAGAACUGGAAGAAGUUCGACGACAACUACAGGCAAACAGAGAGUCAAUUAAUGAGAGAACCCAAGGAGGACGAAACGCCCUCCAUGCAGCUUCUGCAAAAGGUCAUCUUGAAAUCGUUAAACUCCUUGUUAGAGCUAACCUAUCCAUCAAUAGCGUAGAUGACAGAGGACUUACACCACUUCGUAUGGCGACUAUAAGCGGAAUGUUGCCUCUUACAUUGUCAGCGGCAGGGGGCCACUUAGAUUGUGUGAGAGCAUUGUUGGAUGUCACUGAUCCUUUUGAUGUAUCCCAUGCUUUUACCAGUUGCAUGGCAAGGGGUCAUCAUAUCGUAUUCACAUAUAUAAUGGUAGCUGGUGAUCAACGGGAGUGGAACAGUAUCCAGCUUGCUGCUUGGGAAGGGAAUUGCGAGCGCAUUAUGGAAUGUGUAGAAGGAGGUCAUGAUAUAGACGAGCAACAUGGAAAAUACGGGUGCACACCGCUUAUUAUAGCCAUAUGGAAAAAUCAUAUGGAAUGUGUCAAACUAAUGAUUGAGGAAGCGAAUGCAAGUGUUAAUAUGUCAGACAGUAGCGGUUGCUCCCCUCUUCAUCUUUCUAUUAAGUUGAAAAACGAAGAGGUCUUAAAACUACUCCUGGCAAAGGGGGCUGAUCUGUCUGCAGUAAACAGCAAAGGCAGGGCAGCACUACAUGAUGCUUGCAUGGAUGGGGAUCUAAACGCGAUCAAGCUUUUAGUGGAUGCAGGAGCCGAUGUGCAUAUGGCGGUAUCAAACGAAGACAGUCCAUGCCACACCCCUCUCCAGUUUGCGGCGUUUGAGGGCCAUAUGGAGUGUGUUAAGUUUCUUUGCGAAAGAGGAGCUUUCAUUGAUCCUCCAGGCGAAGAUACAUAUUCGGCGCUUUUGGCAGCUUCUUCCAGAAAUCAGAUCGACGUCAUAGAGUACUUUUUAGGAAAAAAUGCCGACAUUCAUGUUAAAAACAAGAAGGGAGAUAGUGUUCUAUUCUGGGCCGCACUAUACAAUAAUAUCGACCUGCUGAAGGUGUGUUUGGACGAUGGGCGCAUAGACAUCAACUUAAAGAACUCAUCUGGUCAAACAUCAUUGCACGUUGCGAGUGGCUUCGGACAGAUUGAGGCAGUCAAACUCCUAUUGGAGAAAAAUGCUGAUAUCAACUUAAGAGAUCAGACAGAAUCUACUCCCUUACACAAUGCUGCAGAAUGCAAUCGUGCUGAGGUUGUCAAGUUUCUUUUGGACCACGGAGCAGAAAUUCAGUCUAAGGAUAUCGAUGGUCAGAGUCCACUGCACCGUGCUGCAUCACUGGGAAGACUGGAUUCGGUAAAGAUGUUGGUGGAAAUGGGAGCAGAUAUCGCGGCAAAGCCGCCCAUCGUUCUGAAUCAAUGA